GAACUCUUGAAAAAAGAGAACACCUUUGCUAGUUACUAGUCAUCCCGACACGAUAAAUUUGACGAGCAUAUAGUAAUUCACUCUCAGUGAAAAAAGGGAACUUCCGAUCAUGCCUACUGCUUCGCCAUCAAUCACUUACGAUGUCGUCAUCGUCGGCGGCGGCCACAACGGACUUACCGCUGCGGCCUACGUCGCUAAAGCGGGCCGAUCAGUUGUCGUACUCGAGCGGCUAGAGUCUACGGGAGGGGCUGCCGUAAGCGCCGUCGCGUUUGACGGGCUCGAUGCCCGGCUGUCGCGCUACUCGUACCUGGUCAGUCUUAUGCCCAGGAAGAUCAUCGACGAUCUCGGCCUCGACCUCGAGCUCGUGCGUCGGCGCUACUCCUCGUACACGCCAGUCCCAGGACACCCCGACGGCGCAGGACUGCUCAUCGACCGUCUCGACGAGGCCGCAACGGGUGCGUCCUUCGAGCGCAUCAACGCCGCGCGCGACAUUGGCGCAUUCCAGUCUUUGUACCGCGAUACUACCCGGGUAGCGCAGGCGCUAUGGCCGACCGUCACGGAGCCGCUUCUCAAGCGCAGCGAGGCCAAAUCCCGGCUCGGGGACGACAAACUCUGGGAGAGCAUCUUUGAGCGCCCGAUUGGCGAGUUCAUCGAGGACCGCCUGUCGGACGACCUCGUGCGCGGGGUUGCCGUCACCGACGCCUUAAUCGGAACAUUCACUACUGCCCACGACGAUGCGCUCCACCAGAACCGCUGCUUCCUAUAUCAUAUCAUUGGUGGCGGCACUGGCGACUGGGACGUGCCUGUCGGCGGCAUGGGCAACGUGACCCGCCAGCUCGCCGACGCGGCACGCGCUGCUGGGGCCUGCAUCGUCACCGGGGCCGAGGUGACCUCGAUCGAGCCCGACGGGACUGUCUGCUAUACGAAUGCCGACGGACAGCAUACUGUCAUCGGUGGCCAUGUGCUCGCUAACGUCGCGCCAUUUGUGCUCCAUCGGCUGCUCGGAAAGUUCGACUCCUACUCCGACUCCGACUCCGACUCCGAGUCCCGGCCCGCACCUAUACGACCGGAAGGCAGCCAAGUCAAAGUCAACCUGCUUCUGUCGCGUCUACCCAAGCUCCGCGAUAGCUCCAUCUCUCCCGAGGCCGCGUUCGGCGGAACUUUUCACAUCAACGAGCAGUACAGCCAGCUCGCAAAGGCCUACGAUGAAGCGCUGCAGGGUCGGAUCCCCGAGGUCCUGCCUUGCGAGAUCUACUGCCACUCUCUGACCGAUCCGUCUAUCCUCGGACAUGAGCUCGCAGCAUCCGGGGCGCACACCAUCACCGUCUUUGGUCUGCAUGUCCCCGACCGUCUCAUCUCGGCCGACAACAACGACGAGCAGCGCGCGCGCCUCCAGCAGGCCGUCAUCGACUCUCUGAACUCGGUCCUCGCCGAGCCCAUCGAGGACGUGCUGAUGACGGACACCGAGGGCCGUCCCUGCAUCGAGACCAAGACAACGCUCGACAUUGAGCGAGCGCUCAACAUGCCCGGCGGUAACAUCUUCCACGGACCGCUGUCGUGGCCCUUUGCCGAGGACGACGCCGCGCUUGACACACCGGCGCAGCGCUGGGGCGUGGCUACCGAGCACGGGGAACGUAUUCUGCUCUGCGGCUCUGGUGCGGUGCGUGGCGGUGGGGUGAGCGGUAUUGCUGGGCAUAAUGCUGCUAUGGCUGUGCUAGAGGCAACUACUCGGUCUUGAGUUACGAUUUGCACGCGAAGUAGGCGGCCUUGCAGCUUUUAGGGGCGUUGGAAUAUCUUGCUGGAAAUGGAACAGCUUAGAUACAUAUUACGUACGAAUCUUCCGUUGAGCACCUCACGGCAUCCGUGACAUUCAAGUUUGUGCCAUGGAUUCCAUCAGCC